UUACAUAACAAGAGUCAUAUCGUACGCUACCAUCAAUUUGUGAUCUUCACUUAUUGUUUGACUCAUUACAGCACCAAACAAAACACUUACAUAAUCUUCACAAUAACUCGUUCAAUCAAGGUUUGUUGUUUCAGUAGUUAUCAUCUAUCAUGACACAGCAAUCAUGUUCCUCUUCUUCCACAUGUGAGUGGACUUAUGAUGUGUUCCUCAGUUUCAGAGGCGAUGAUACUCGAAGUGGUUUCACUGGAAGCCUUUACAAGUCUCUUUGUGACCAGGGAAUCCACACCUUCAUGGAUGAUGAGGGGCUCAGAAGAGGGGAAGAGAUUAGACAUGCUCUUUUCAAGGCAAUUCAGCAGUCAAGAAUUGCCAUUGUUGUUUUCUCUGAAAACUAUGCUUCCUCAACUUACUGUCUUGAAGAGCUUGUCAUGAUCCUUGAGUGCAUAAUGAAGAAGGGUCGCUUGGUUUGGCCGGUUUUUUACGGGGUGACUCCGUCUUAUGUGCGACAUCAGAAAGGUUCUUAUGGGAAAGCAUUGGACAAGCUUGGAGAAAGAUUUAAGAAUGAUAAGGAGAAGCUGCAAAAGUGGAAGCUUGCUCUUCAAGAAGCAGCUAAUUUGUCUGGUUCACAUUUCAAACUCAAACAUGGGUAUGAACAUGAAGUUAUUCAGAAAAUUGUUGAAGAGGUGUCCAGAAAGAUAAAUCGUAGCCCUUUACAUGUGGCUAAUUAUCCAAUUGGAUUGGAGUCUAGAGUGCAAGAGGUGAACUCACUUUUGGAUGUUGGAUCCAAUCAAGGAGUAAGCAUGGUAGGGAUUUAUGGAAUUGGGGGAAUAGGGAAGACCGCUAUUGCUUGUGCAGUGUACAAUUUGAUUGCUGAUCAAUUUGAAGGUCAGUGUUUCCUUGGUGAUAUCAGAGAAAAAUCAAAGCAUGGCUUAGUAGAGCUUCAGGAAACAAUACUUUCUGAAAUGGUUGGGGAGAAGAGUAUCAAGUUGGGGAGUACUAAUAGGGGGAAGGCAGUAUUGAAAAGCAAGCUUCAACGAAAGAAAGUUCUUUUGAUUCUUGAUGAUGUUGAUAGAUUAGAGCAAUUAAAGGCACUUGCUGGUGAUCCUUCCUGGUUUGGUCAUGGCAGCAGAAUCAUUGUCACGACAACGGAUAAGCAUUUGUUACGUGUACAUGGUGUUGAAAGAAGGUACGAAGCAAAAGGAUUGGAUGAUAAAGAAGCUCUUGAGUUGUUUAGUUGGCAUGCUUUUAAAAGCAAUGAGGUUAGUCCAAGUUACAUGGAUAUCUCUAAGCGUGCAGUACUUUAUUCCAAUGGCCUUCCAUUGGCUUUGGAAAUAAUAGGUUCUAACUUAAAUGGUAAAACAAUGCCUGAAUGGCAAGCAGCAUUGGAUACCAUUGAAAGAAAUCCAGAUGAAGAUAUUCAGGAAAAACUAAAAGUUGGCUAUGAUGGUUUGAAAAGAAAUGAGAAGGAAGUUUUCCUUGACAUCGCUUGUUUCUUUAGAGGCUCCGAUUUGAAAGAUGUCACAAGUUUAUUGUUCCAAGGUCGUGGUUUCUCUCCCGAGUAUGUUAUUCGAGUGUUGAUCGAUAAAUCUCUCAUAAAGAUUGAUAAAUACGGUUUUGUGAGAAUGCAUAACUUGGUAGAGAACAUGGGUAGAGAAAUUGUUAAGCAGGAAUCACCAUCAGAACCUGGAAAACGCAGUAGAUUAUGGCUUUAUGAGGAUAUUGUUGAUGUUUUAGAAAAUGACAAGGGAACUGAUACAAUUGAAGUAAUCAUGCUACACUCGCCAAAGAAUAAAGAAGUACAAUGGAAUGGAAGUGAGCUCAAGAAGAUGACAAACCUAAAAUUACUAUCUAUUGAAAAUGCUCACUUUUCUAGAGGCCCUGUGCAUCUCCCAAAUAGUUUGAGAGUACUAAAAUGGUGGGGAUAUCCUUCACCGUCUUUGCCACCUGAAUUUGAUUCAAGGAGACUUGUUAUGUUAGACUUGUCCAAUAGUUGCAAUAUAAUGGGCAAACAACUCAAAUUCAUGAAGUUCGAGUCUUUGAGCGAAAUGGUUUUAAGAGGUUGCAGAUUCAUAAAACAAACACCUGACAUGUCUGGAGCACAAAAUUUAAAGAAGCUGUGUCUUGAUAACUGCAAGAAUUUAGUAGAAGUUCAUGAUUCAAUCGGGCUUCUUGACAAAAUUACAUGGUUCACUGCUGUUGGAUGCACCAAUCUAAGGAUUCUUCCCCGUAGCUUCAAGUUAACAUCACUUGAACAUCUGUCUUUCAAAAAAUGCUCAAAUCUCCAGUGUUUGCCAAAUAUAUUAGAGGAAAUGAAACAUGUAAAAAAACUUGAUCUGUGUGGAACUGCUAUUGAAGAAUUGCCAUUUUCUUUUAGGAAACUUACAGGGCUUAAAUAUCUAGUGCUGGACAAGUGCAAGAUGCUUAAUCAGAUCCCAAUAAGCAUUCUGAUGUUACCGAAACUUGAGAAAUUGACAGCCAUAAAAUGUGGACGGUAUGCAAAUUUGAUCCUUGGUAAAAGUGAAGGACAAGUAAGAUUGAGUUCAUCUGAGUCUUUGAGAGAUGUUAGAUUAAACUACAAUGAUUUGGCACCUGCCAGCUUCCCCAAUGUGGAAUUUUUAGUGCUAACUGGCAGUGCUUUCAAAGUCCUUCCCCAAUGCAUCAGCCAAUGUCGCUUUCUCAAGAAUCUAGUUUUGGACAAUUGCAAGGAGCUUCAAGAAAUCAGAGGGGUUCCUCCAAAGAUAAAAUAUCUCUCAGCAAUAAACUGCACAUCAUUGUCUCAUGAGUCUCAAAGCAUGUUAUUGAAUCAGAGAUUACACGAGGGUGGUGGCACAGAUUUUUCCCUUCCAGGAACAAGGAUACCGGAAUGGUUCGACCAUUGUACUACAGGACCAUUGCUGUCUUUCUGGUUUCGUAACAAAUUUCCAAGGAUGGCUCUAGCUGUUGUUGGAGUUUUGGACAAGCAGGGAAGCUUUCCCAUGUCAAGAUUCCACUUGCUCAUUAAUGGCAUUCAAAAGCUGCAUUGCCUUUUCACCGCACAAUCAAAACUAACCACGUAUCAUAUAUUCCUGUCCGAUGUGCAGCUGAAAUCCUACAAUGGCGAAUUGCAAAGUGUGUAUGGGGAGGAUGGGUGGAACCAUGUUGAGAUUUCAUAUGUGGGACCAAGUGCCUUUCCACAUUCAUGCAGAGCCAAGAGAGGAACCAUCAAAUUGAUGGGGGUUCAUGUUUACAAGCAAAAAACAAGCAUGGAGGGUGUCCGGUUCACGAAUCCUUGGUCUCCAAAGAGAUCAUACAGCGAAGUUUCCAAGCCUAGUUUGAAAGAAAAUUUUCAGUCACUGGCCAAAAGAAGCCGUGGAUCACAAGGCAUGGAAAUUUGUGAGGCACCACGCAUGAAGCAGCAUGAAGUGAAUAGUGGUUAUCACAGUGUAUCACAGAGACUAUGGUUAGAAAUUUGCAGCAUUGUAGCUCCUGCAGAUGUUAAAGUCCUAAUGUGGAGCAUUUGCCAAAAUGCUUUGCCAACUUUUGAAUAUCUUUUCAGGAGGAAGCUUGUAAAUAGUCCACUCUGCCCCAUUUGUGGAACAGAACCUGAAACCGUCGAACACGCGUUCCUGUUUUGUCCGUGGACACGACCCCUUUGGUUUGGAAGUGAUUUCCAGUGGUGCAUUGAUGCCAAAACAGUUCAAAGCUUUCAACUUUGGCUUUGGCAGAAACUAGUGGAGAUUCAAAGGGUAUAUCAAGAAAAUGCCAACCAAGUAUCUGCUCAGGUGGGAAGUAUUUGUUGGGCUAUUUGGAAAGGAAGGAAUGAAUUUAUUCUUGAAGGAAAACCUGUCAAUCCAUUGAUUUUAAGGUAAGGCAUCUCUGUGUGUAUAUGAUGAGAAUGAGGGCUAUAUUUCUUUUAACGAGAUUUGUAGCUUAAAAAAUUGGGGUGUAAAAAGAUGAUAUCACCCUUGAUUUUUUAUUUAUUUGAAUGACUUUUCUCUAAUGGUAAAGUGGGAUUGUUUUUAAAAGAUACUCAAAAUAAUGCCGUGCAAUAUGAGAUUAUGGGCCAUGGAUAAAUCAUAAAUCAUGUAUAUCAUAUUGCUGUUGCUGGUCAAAGCAGUGAAUCUGUGAGGAUCGAUGGGUGGCAGUGUGUGUGGUGAUUUUCUUUUUUGGAUUAUGGGUACCAACUUGUAGUGCUAUUGGAGUGUAUUUGAUUAAGUUUACUAAGAGAAGCAACACGAAAAUGUCUUACCUUUGUUAAGAACUUCAAGUACUUGAGAUGAGGCAAAAAGCUAGAGAGGAGAAAGGGGAUACUUAUAUGUUUAUCUGGUAUAAAAUCAAAUGAUAAGACGAUUACUGAAAAAGAGAAUCCUUGAGUACCGAUUGAUGCUUCAUAAAUGGAUAUACACGAGUCAUUUACUCUUGAAGAAUGAGCUCCAAGAAAAAGGAAGAGGUAUUUGUGUAAACUUUAAAACUUGUGCCUCUUGACUACUAUAAUACAAUGUUAUGAUCCUUUUGUUUUCAA